AUGUCUGUUCAUCCUGUUGUCUUAUGGGCACAACGCUCCAAUGAGUCUGAUCCUGCCAAGAACUUAAUUUACUUAACCAUUGAAGUUCAAGAUCCAGUAAAUACAAAGAUUGACUUAACUUCUUCUAGUUUGUCAUUUUCCGCAGAAUCUAGUGAUGGUGCCACCAAAUACAGCUUGAGCUUAGAUUUCUAUGACGAGAUUGACCCGGAAAACUCCCAUAGACAUGAAGCUGGCAACCAUAUUCAAUUCGUUUUAAGGAAGAAGAAAGCGCAAGCAGAAUAUUGGCCACGCUUAUUGAAGGAGAAGUUGAAGUUACAUUACAUAAAGACAGAUUUCGACAAAUGGGUUGAUGAAGACGAACAAGAGGAGCAUGUUGAAGAAGACAUGUCUAAUAUGAUGAAUUUCGGUGGUCCUGGCGGUCCAGGUGGCCCUGGUGACAUCGAUUUUUCUAAGUUGCUCGCUCAAGGUGGAGGCGCUGGCGGUCCUGGUGGCGACUUCGAUAUUAGCUCUUUAGCUAGCCAAUUAGGUCAGAAUGGUGGUUCCUUCGAAGGAGAAGACGAAGAUUCAUCUGAUGAUGAGCCAGUGGCCGAAUCUAAAUAA